UUCUUGUGCAAUGUUACAAAUAGGACUUGAGAGUUGCUUGCUUAAAGGAGAAGACAUUUUGGGUUUUUUACGUACCUGCUUCUAUGUGCUCUGAGUUUUGUGGCAGUUUCAUUGAGAUAAUGGAUUGAUGAUUUAUUAGAGUUCUCAAGAUAGGACUUGAAAUCACUCAACACUUAUCUUUUGGAAUAGGGCAAUAGGAUCCAAGUUCCUGUAGGACUUUUUUUUUUUAACGGCAAAUUGGAAAAUCUACAGUUAGGGAUGUUUUAGAAGAUAUAGUUUGGUAAUUUUUUUUGACUUAGUUAGGUAAUUUUUUGAAGAUAUAGUUGCAAGUACACACUUUGGAUUGGAUUAGUAAUUUAGAUAUUGUUAUUGAAAUGUGUCCAUCAAACUUUUGAUACCAAUUGUAUGCUUUGAUUUAUUGAUACCAAUUGUAUGCUUUGAUUUAGAGCUCAUCAAAAUUCCAAGUGAUUGCUGACUCUUGGUAUAAUAUUACUUUUUCUCAGUGACUUUUUUAUAGGGUGUAUCAUUUUUCCCAAAGAUGCAUGACUUUUUAGGAGAAAUGGUGCACAAAAAGAAAAUGUGGGCUGUAGACAAUAGUGUAGAAUUUUUGAUGCUUCAACCUUUUUUUAAAAUUUAUUAUAGUUAUCAAGAUUGAAUGAGUUGUAGGAAAUUUCUGUGUAUUGAAGCAUUAUUUUUUGGAAAUUUUGUUAGUAGUUCUUUCUUGUUUGUAAGUUUAUAGGAAGGUCUUAAUAUAUAAGGCAUGCCUAGUUGAGUUAUACAAGAGUUAAACUCUUAAAGCUAGUAGACUUGCAUGACAAGUAGAUCGUCCUUCGUCUAAACGUGGAGUAAACAUGGAGUGCACCAGGACUCCUUGUACACAUGAGGUUGGAUGUGCAUUAGCACUUCAUGACCAUGUGUUUAGAGUUUUUUUAAUAGGGAAGAUAUUCUUAUUUUGGUAGAAGACGAAAUCAUAGGGAGAGAAUUAUCCAACUUUUAUAUGAUUAUUCACUAAAGAAGAACACCAUGAUAGAUCUUUUGCGGAGGGAUCGAUGUGGGAGCCUAUCAACUGGUGUUACACGAUUUGUGAUUUGAUUUAAUUUGAUUCUGAUGUACUGAUUUGGGUUUGCGAUUCGCUAGUUGACAUAUUGUUCGUUCGCUUAGGUUGUUUGGUUUGGUUUGUAGGUUCAUGAUUCGUGCAUUUGGUUUUAGAGUUUUUUUCAUAUUGUUUUUUUAAAAAUAUCAAACUUUUAGGCAUAAAAUAAAGCCACAAGAUACACAAUCUAUUUUUCAUUAAGAUUAAAAUUAUGCUACCAUAAUUAGAGUCUAAACUCUAAACCAUUUAAUAAUACUAGACAAAGUAGUAUGGUCUAUUGGUCUUAAUAGAGUACUAAAGUCUGAACAAUUAGAUAAUCACGAAAUAAGUAAAAAAAAUCCAUGCAUACAAAGGCGUACAAAUGUAAAGUUGCUCUCGAAUUCUUGGUACAAGGGCCUAAAGGUGUAAAAUUAUUGAAACAUAUGAGGAAUGAGAAUAUAACAGGUCUGUUCUUCUUCUUCUUUCCUCUUCUACAUGUCUCAAAGUUUCAUCCAUUCUUCUCCAUUUUUUUUUAUCAUUGUAAAUGAAUUCAUCAUUCUCCAUUUUUUCAUCCUCUAUCAACAUUCAAAUAGUAACAAAAAUAUAGCUGUAAUGGUGGACAAUCACUUGAAGAGCAAGUUCAAGAAGGGAGCUCAAAUGUUGGAACUCACAUAUGGUUUGUAGUUUCUUUUACUUUUUAAGAAAACACAACACUUUAGAUCGAUGAUUUUACUGAUUUGAGUCGCGAAUCAAGGCGAUUUGACCCGCGAAUGAACCCCAAUUUGGGUCGAUCGAACCCAAUUGCAAUUCGUGGGUAAAAGAAGCAAAUCAUGUGACACUACCAUCAACCGUGAUUCAACAUUGGAGAGCAAUUUGUAGAAGCUUGAAUUCUAACGUCAUUCAUCUAAACCCUAAAAGUAGGGCAUGUUGAGAGCUGGAAGCUUUAGACCCAUUCUCACCACGAGUAUCUUGGUGAUCUCACAGACGAUCUCAAUGGAGCAAUGCCAAUUCAGAGAGAGACCAAUUUUUGAUGUUGUGUUGAUUGGUGGGGGGACAAUAGAAAUUAUCAUAGCUAAAAGGGAAAGAGGUGUGGUUUUCAAAUUAGAUAUGGUCCUAAAGGAGAAGGGUUUUGGGCAAAGAUGGUGGAAGUGGAUCAGCGGGUGCCUCAAUUCAUCAUGUUUUUCAGUGGUAUUAAAUGGUCAUCCCAGAGACUGGUUAGUUCAUCAAGGGGGCUUAAGCAAGGAGAUGCAUUAUCUCCUCUUUUGUUUUGUCUUGUUGCGAAUGUUUGGGCAAAUUAGUGCUGAGAGGAGUUGAUUGAGAGUGAUUGAUGGUUUAAGAGUGGGAAUAGAAAAUGUUAUUUUCAGUCACAUUUCCGAUAUGCGAAUAAUACUACCAUAUUUUUAUCCGAAGAAAAUGAAAAAUUCAGGGAUGUUUUUGAUAUUCGAUCUGUAUUGAGAAAAUUUCAGAGUUGAAAGUAAAUUUUCAGAAAUCCAAAGUUGCGGGUAUUAAUACGAAGCAAGGGGGAUAAGAUUUUUGGCUAAUAUGGCAGAAUGUAAUACAACAAAGUUCCCCAAUUCUGGGUUUACAAGUGGGAGCCAAUCCCACCGGCAAUUGAAAAAAUGUCUUAAAGGCUGAAUGGAUGGAAAAAUCAGUUUUCUCUUUGGGAGGUUGGAUUUCAAUUGUACAGUCAUUUUUAGUUAACAUUCUCAUUUAUUUCCUUCUCUUUUAUAGGCUCCUAUUUCUAUUAUUAGAUUGAUGAGAAGAUGAUGAGGAACUUUCUUUGGGAAGGAGAUGGUGAGGAGAAGGAUCAUUUAGAACCAAGUUAAAUUACCAGUAGAACAAGGAGGCUUGGGAGCGGCCCCCUGGAAUUUUAUCUCUCUAGUUUAGCCUAAAUUCUCUCCUUUUGUUCGGUUUUCAGUAAGGUGGAGAUGGACCAGGAGCCUCUACAGCAUCGGAUGCCACAAAGAAGGAGCUCCUAAGAGCUAUUGAUGUGCGGCUUGUAGCAGUUAAACAGGACCUGAUAACAGCUUGCACCCGUGCCUCUUCUCUUGGUUUUAAUCCUGCAACUGUCUCAGAAUUACAGCUUUUUGCUGAUCGCUUUGGUGCUCAUCGUCUCAGUGAAGCCUGUAGCAAAUUCAUUACCCUCUCACAGCGACGUGCCGAGCUCUUCCGCAGCAUUCAACCAACAUUGUCACAGAAGUCCUCAUCUGAAUAUGUUCUUCGGUCCUCAUUCAGUUCUGAUAUGUCCAUUGAUGAACCCUGUGAUGAUCAUCCCAAGCCAUCUACGAUUCCCAAUAUCACCACAAAGGUCACCUUUCCAUUACGCCGGCUUUCUAGGGAGCCCAGCCCUAGUCCUAUUGAUAAUGGAGAGGAAAGAGAAAUAAAUAAAGAUAAAACCAUUGGAAAAGAUAAAGCGAUGGACCCCACCACAUCAGCUGAUAAUUUAAAGACCGAGUCAGAUGCAUCUUCCUCGACGUCAACAUCCACACCUCAACUUACCAGGCGACUCAGUGUGCAAGAAAGAAUAAGUAUGUUUGAGAACAAGGCCCAGAAGGAAGGUUCCCCCACUACUAUUACUGUUGCUUCUGGUGGGGGGAAACCUGAGCUCCGUCGAUUGUCCUCUGACGUUACUUCUUCCACUGACAAGGCUGUCCUGCGGAGAUGGAGUGGUGCCAGUGACAUCAGUGUUGAUGUUAGUGGGGAUAGAAAGGAGCCUGACAGCAAUGCCAACACUCCAGCAGCCACAUCGACAUCCACUUUUACAUCCCAUCCUGUUCUUUCUCCAAAACCAAAUGAUCAGAGUAAUUUAAAGAUGGAGGGGUUUAAAGAAAGUAAGCUUCCAGUGAGACCAAAAAUUAGCUCCCAAUUGGUUGUUUCCAUUAGUGGUCCGGAGGAUUCUGCAUCAUCUGAGGCAAAUACUAAGAUGGCUUCUUUUUCAGGAAGAUCAUCAGAAAGUGUGGGAUCAAAGGAUCAAUCAAGUGAUGGGAUGGUUCAUUCGACUGUUAAACCUCUUUGUGAGAGUGAGGAAUUUGGGUUGGAGAAUCAGCCAUUGCCUAUUAAUACUCAUCUCAGGUCUCGUCCAGGGACAGCAGAACAGUUUAGUUCCUCAGAUGAGAUGAUUGUAGAGAAGGCAAAGAGUUUUCUAGGUGGUGGAAGCAAACCAGAGGAAUAUAAUGGGGAAAGUCCUGGGGCAUCUGCAUCUGGAUUCGAUGGAAGGUCUCGAGGUCUACAAUUUGAGGAAGAGGAUGAGGAUGAGCGGGUGAGGGAUCAGAAGGCUUCAAAAUCAACUUAUAGGACAUCUCAUAACACGACUGUUACAAUUGCAUCAGAAUUCAUGGAUCCUGAAGUUGCCCGAUCUGUAUAUCAAGACAAAAAAGGUGAGGGUGAUUCCUUUUUUGCUCUGCCUAGGUUGAGAUCUGUAAGGGGAGAAAACGAAAAGAAUUCUGAGUCAUUUGAGAAGCAGGCUGACCUUUCCUUCACCCAAAUGGAAGAUUCUCGUCCCUACAGAGGAAAGGUUCAAGGAUGUGAUUCUUCUUUUGAUCAAGAGGAGAAGCCUGUUGCUAGGUGGAAAGAGACCGAUUCUGAACGUCAAUUGGAUUCGACUGGGAAAUUUGUACUUGAGAAUAAGGAAGUGUUUUCUUUAUCUUCAGUACCUGUGGAUCAAGUUCAGAGGGUAAGGCAAACAAAAGGAAAUCUGGGGAUGAAUGAUGACCUGAAAAUGAAGGCCAAUGAACUUGAGAAGCUGUUUGCUGAGCACAAACUCCGUGCUCCUGGUGACCAAUCAAAUUCUGCUCGAAGAACCCGGCCUGUUGAUACACUUAUUGAGCUGGAGAUGGCUUCUUCUGAUAGGAAACGGGCAGUAGAGACUUCUUCUGUCCUGGUGACUAACUUCAAGCCGGAGGCUGAGCCUGCUGUUGGUUCCAGUAGUAAGGAGAAGAAUUAUCCAACACCAUUGAUGAAAACUGUACAUAAGCAGGAAUAUGAUGUCACCCCUACGCAAAACAUCUACAGCCCUAGUUUUGCAGAUGAUUCUAGAGGAAAAUUAUAUCAGAAGUAUAUGCAAAAGCGAUAUGCUAAGCUAAGGGAAGACUGGAGUUCAGAAAGGGCUCAAAAGGAAGCCAAGAUGAAGGCAAUGCAGGAUAGCCUUGAGAAAACCAGAGCUGAGAUGAAGGUCAAGUUGGCGGGUUCUGCAGACAAGAGGAAUUCUGCCUAUGGUUCUGGUCGAAAGGCAGACAAAAUAAAACCAUUCAAUGUACAAUCAGCAACAAAGAGAGAGAAGCCUAUAGUAGACACUUACAUAAGUGAUGCGGAUGAAGAUCAAGGUGAAUUUCUUGGAAAGAAGCUCAGUGAGACAUAUUUGGGCGAUACUUCUGGAAAUGCACAUAGCAAAAAGGUUAUGUCAAGCAGAAGUGCAGCAUCAUCGACCCAACGUAACUCAGCGGCUCAUAUUCCUCGAUCUUCUGGAAAAGUCUCUAACUCUGCAGCAGGGAGACGAAAGUUGGCUUCGGAUAAUCCUCUCGCACAGUCUGUUCCUAAUUUUUCUGACUUGCGGAAGGAAAACACAAAGCCAUUGUCUGCAGGAAGUAAACCUGUUCGUCCUCAGAGAAACCAUGCUCGUAAGAAGAGUAUUAGUGAGGACUUGCCACUUGUCAAUGAAGAAAAGCCACGCCGUUCUCACUCCUUGAGAAAGAGCACAUCGAUUCCCAUGGAGCUGAAUGAUUCCCGGAAUUGUGAUAUUUUUGAUGAGUCUGUUUUUAUUCUGUCAAAAUGUGGAAAAGAAGAGAAUGGGGAUCAUUUUAACUUCUCGAGGGAUAUAGAAUCAAAGCCUUUCCCAAGAAAGGGUAAUGGUGAUAGUCAUGUCACAGGUGGUAUAAAUGGACAUGAUUUUGAUGAUGCGAGUUUAGAAACAGAAGAGAGGACUGAUGUAGUCAAGGAUGAGGAGGAUGAUUUUGAAACCACUGUAGGGGGCGAAUCUGCUGAUAUGGACAACAGUAAAGGGAGAUUAAGCCAGGAAUCUGACAAUUCUGCUAAUUCUGGUUAUGAAAACAUCAAUGCUCUCGGGAGUCUUUCCCAGGCAGGCCAUGUGUCUGCUACUGAAUUGCCUACUUCCAUGUCUUCUCUUUUUCGUUCCAUAGGAUCCAUACAGGACUCUCCUGGGGGAAGCCCUGGAUCUUGGAACCAACGUGUACACAAUCCAUUUUCCUUUUCAAAUGAAAUCUCCGACAUUGAUGCUUUCGAUUCACCACUUGGGAGCCCCGCUUGGAAUUCUUACACUCUUGCACAAAAUGAUGAUGAUGCUAGAACAAGAAAAAAGUGGGGAGCUGCUCAGAAACCUAUUGUUGGUGACUCAUCACAUAGUCUAUCACGCAAGGAAGUUGCCAAAGGUUUUAAGCGAUUCCUGAAAUUCGGAAGGAAGAAUCGUGCAGCUGAGAGUAUGGCAGACUGGAUAUCUGCAACAACCUCUGAAGGAGAUGAUGAUACUGAAGAUGGAAGAGAUCUCGCUAAUCGGUCAUCAGAAGAUUUGAGAAAGUCUAGAAUGGGGUUUUCCCACAGCCAUCAUUCUGAUGAGGGAUUCAAUGAAAGCGAGCUUUUUAGUGAACAAGUUAAUGGAUUACAAAGCUCAAUUCCAACAUUGCCAUCAAAUUUCAAAUUGAGGGAGGAAAAUAUAUUGGGAAGCUCUCCAAAAGCUCCAAAGUCAUUCUUCUCACUUUCAAAUUUCCGGAGCAAGGGAAGCGAGUCAAAACUUCGAUAAAUUCAUGUCAAUCCACUCGAGUAAAAGGCAAAGCAUAUCAUCAUCAACCCAAUAUCCCGUUCAAUGAAACCCAAUAUCCCGCUCAAUGACCGAGUCUAAGUGAGGAAAGUUCACGGACAAUUUAUACCCGUAUCCCACUGAAAGAGAAUGUCAGAGGAAUGUGGUCAAUUUUACCCCAAAAAGCAAAGCAUAUGCUCCACCCCAAGGUAGCUAAUUGUAAAUUUCUUCAAUUUUAUCUUGAAGAAUAAAACCAAAAGCCCUAUUUUUAUAUUGAAGAAUAUUUUGAUUAUUAUUAAUGAAAAUAAAUAUUUGCU